UGUACGCAUGCGUCGUGGUUUCGCUGCUGCAGAGCGUUCGCGUUCCACGGUCGCGGAGGAAAGCCGACGCUGCCAAGGAAACACACAUGCAGACAUAAGAGAAUCCAGAUUUCAGCUUCGUCGUCCAUUCCCUUGACUUCGAUAAUUCACCGGUAGUGAUGGUAGCGCGCAGUAACGCAUUUGACCUAUAGAUCUAUUCCACGCGCGAUGUCUAAAUAGCUGCCAAAUAAUACAGGCAACGAGAGGAGGUAAAAUAAAUCAAAUAAAAAGUAAAGGGAAAGACAAACCAGCGGUGAGUGUGUGUAGGGCGCAGCCGCCAUGCCGCUGGUGAAGAGAUGCAUCGAGCCCAGGCACCUGUGCCGUGGAGCCGUACCGGAUGGGGUCACCAGCGAGCUGGAGUGUGUCACUAACAGCACCCUGGCAGCCAUCAUCAAACAGUUGGGGGGCCUGAGUCGACAUGCAGAGGACAUCUUCGGGGAGCUGUUCAACGAGGCCAACAGCUUCUACAUGAGAAUGAACAGCCUCCAGGAGAGAGUGGACCUGCUGGCUGUCAAAGUCACCCAGCUGGACUCCACUGUGGAGGAGGUUUCGCUGCAGGACAUCAACAUGAGGAAGGCUUUCAAGAGCUCCACCAUCCAGGACCAGCAGGUGGUGUCCAGGAACUCCAUCCUCAACCCUGUCAUGGAGAUGUACCAUCGCUGUGACAAACCUCCACCCCUCAACAUCCUCAGCCCCUACAGGGAUGACAAAAAGGAUGGUCUGAAGUUCUACACAGACCCAUCCUACUUCUUUAACCUGUGGAAGGAGAAGAUGAUCCAAGCAACAGAAAACAAGCGGAAGGAGAAGAGGAAGCAGAAGGCGGGUGACAAGGAGCAGAAACAGGUGGAGGACCCCAGCCGGGAGGUGAAGAAGGUGAGGAAGGCCCGGAACCGCCGUCAGGAGUGGAACAUGAUGGCCUACGACAAGGAGUUCCGUCCAGACACCCGCCUCACACCUUCACCCUACCAUGGCAUGUCCUCUGAGGGAUCCCUCUCUCCAGACAGGUCUGGUAUGUCUGAUGAACAGUCCUACCCUGCCAGCCCUAACCACCCACCCCAGGAGGGAGUUGUGCUGGGUCCUGAUGGGAAAGAGCACCUAACAGGCCCCAACCAGACCCAGUCCCUGGACCGGGCCUACCGCCCCCCUGCUGCUGCUACCACUGCAGCUCAAGGCCGCCAGCAUUCCCUGGGCCGCAUGCAGCCCCACCACGGACCCACACCUGCAGACCCAUCCCUGAACGGACCCCGGCCCGCAGCUUCCAAAGAGGCCAGCGGUCACCAGAUGCCAGAGCACUUUAUCCCUCCGGCCCCGCCCCCACCUCCUCCCCUCAUCCCCUCAGCCCAGACGGCCUUUGACAGCAAAUCAGGGCCUCCCACCCUGGCCCCUGGCACAGUGGCCACCCUGUCCCGCCCCUACAGCCCCUCACCCCCUCCGCCCCCACCCGCUGGCUAUGUCCCCUCUCCAUCUCACCCUGUCACUGGAGGACCUCCUGUUGCCCCUCCUCCACCCCCACCUGGUGGCCCCCCAACAUUCGCUCCCUCUCCAGCCCAUGCCAUACACCCCUCUGUGGGAACACUGCCAAGGAAGGGCAAGGUGCUAGGCAUCCCGAUAAGUGACGCACGCAGCGACCUGCUGUCAGCCAUCCGCAGAGGCAUCCAGCUGAGGAAGGUGCAGGAGCAGCGUGAGCAGGAAGCCAAGAAGGAGCCAGUGGGGAACGACGUGGCCACCAUCCUGUCCCGACGCAUCGCAGUGGAGUACAGCGAAUCAGAUGAGGACUCGGAGCCUGAGGAGAACGAGUGGUCAGACUGAGACGGAGCAGAGGGCUUAGGCUUACUUUACUUACCGACAGAGUGCUGCUAUUCCAAUAACAGGAAACACACACACACCACACACACACACACACACACACAGUCAUCGCACACUACGUCUUGAUAGACCUCUUGUUAGAGGAAGUAGAUGAGAAAGUAGAUGAGGAGACGCUUACACAGUAUGACAGUAUCCAUUAUCUAGUCAGAUAUGGGCUUGGAGGAAACCACAGUGGAUCUGGCGCUGGGGCCCCCGCGAGCUGGGGGGGUCUGUUGAAAGCAGCCACAGCAAGCUUAUACUUAUAUAUAUAAUAUGAUAUAGUAUAAUAUAUUACUUAUGGUCCAGUAUAAAAGUGUUUCUUUCAUGAGUCCUGAUAUUGUAGUUUGAAUAUUAUUUGUGGUUUCAGUUGCAUUUAGAUUUUCAAUGCAUCUCCUCCACCUGUAACUGAGCCACACCAACACCACAGAUGUUGUUUUCUAGGUGAAGAUGCUAUGGCAUUCUUUCAACUCAUCUAACUUGAUGCACUUAAAUAUUUGUUCAUUGAAAAGUAUUAUUUAGAGUCAUCUUCUAUUCUGGCUGUGCUGUUUGUGAUAACUGUGCAUAUGAAGAUGAUGUCACAUCAAGUGUUAAAUCGGGUGGGUGGAUACUUUUGGACAUAUGAUGCUGUAGCCGUAACCGUAUUGUCAACACAGCUUUUUGUUAUCUGAGGGAUGUUCCUUUCAUUUUGGCACUUUGUUCAAUUGUUUACAGUGUUGUGGUUGAGUAUUGAUACCCUAACUGGCAGUGUUUAACAUCAGUUGUUUACAGUGUUGUGGUUGAGUAUUGAUACCCUAACUGGCAGUGUUUAACAUCAGUUGUUUACAGUGUUGUGGUUGAGUAUUGAUACCCUAACUGGCAGUGUUUAACAUCAGUUGUUUACAGUGUUGUGGUUGAGUAUUGAUACCCUAACUGGCAGUGUUUAACAUCAGUUGUUUACAGUGUUGUGGUUGAGUAUUGAUACCCUAACUGGCAGUGUUUAACAUCAGUUGUUUACAGUGUUGUGGUUGAGUAUUGAUACCCUAACUGGCAGUGUUUAACAUCAGUUGUUUACAGUGUUGUGGUUGAGUAUUGAUACCCUAACUGGCAGUGUUUAACAUCAGUUGUUUACAGUGUUGUGGUUGAGUAUUGAUACCCUAACUGGCAGUGUUUAACAUCAGUUGUUUACAGUGUUGUGGUUGAGUAUUGAUACCCUAACUGGCAGUGUUUAACAUCAGUUGUUUACAGUGUUGUGGUUGAGUAUUGAUACCCUAACUGGCAGUGUUUAACAUCAGUUGUUUACAGUGUUGUGGUUGAGUAUUGAUACCCUAACUGGCAGUGUUUAACAUCAGUUGUUUACAGUGUUGUGGUUGAGUAUUGAUACCCUAACUGGCAGUGUUUAACAUCAGUUGUUUACAGUGUUGUGGUUGAGUAUUGAUACCCUAACUGGCAGUGUUUAACAUCAGUUGUUUACAGUGUUGUGGUUGAGUAUUGAUACCCUAACUGGCAGUGUUUAACAUCAGUUGUUUACAGUGUUGUGGUUGAGUAUUGAUACCCUAACUGGCAGUGUUUAACAUCAGUUGUUUACAGUGUUGUGGUUGAGUAUUGAUACCCUAACUGGCAGUGUUUAACAUCAGUUGUUUACAGUGUUGUGGUUGAGUAUUGAUACCCUAACUGGCAGUGUUUAACAUCAGUUGUUUACAGUGUUGUGGUUGAGUAUUGAUACCCUAACUGGCAGUGUUUAACAUCAGUUGUUUACAGUGUUGUGGUUGAGUAUUGAUACCCUAACUGGCAGUGCUUAACAUCCGUUGUUUACAGUGUUGUGGUUGAGUAUUGAUACCCUAACUGGCAGUGUUUAACAUCAGUUGUUUACAGUGUUGUGGUUGAGUAUUGAUACCCUAACUGGCAGUGUUUAACAUCAGUUGUUUACAGUGUUGUGGUUGAGUAUUGAUACCCUAACUGGCAGUGUUUAACAUCAGUUGUUUACAGUGUUGUGGUUGAGUAUUGAUACCCUAACUGGCAGUGUUUAACAUCAGUUGUUUACAGUGUUGUGGUUGAGUAUUGAUACCCUAACUGGCAGUGUUUAACAUCAGUUGUUUACAGUGUUGUGGUUGAGUAUUGAUACCCUAACUGGCAGUGUUUAACAUCAGUUGUUUACAGUGUUGUGGUUGAGUAUUGAUACCCUAACUGGCAGUGUUUAACAUCAGUUGUUUACAGUGUUGUGGUUGAGUAUUGAUACCCUAACUGGCAGUGUUUAACAUCAGUUGUUUACAGUGUUGUGGUUGAGUAUUGAUACCCUAACUGGCAGUGUUUAACAUCAGUUGUUUACAGUGUUGUGGUUGAGUAUUGAUACCCUAACUGGCAGUGUUUAACAUCAGUUGUCGUUUUUGGUUUACAUAAUUUGCUAAAGAUUUGCUGGUUGACUAAUGACCACUGUGUAAGACAGACCCUAACAUGGAAAUUAUUUUGGGGUUUAUUUUCUCUAUUGUACUUUGUGUGUGCGUGCGUGGUGUGCGUGCGUGGUGUGCGUGUCAGCGAAAGGGAAUAUCUCAAUGCCUUGCUGUUUCCUUCUUUUCUGACUCACUUCUUUUAUGUUGAAGGCCUGGAGAGAUAGUAUCUGAUUGCUGGUGGGCUUGUCGUCCAUUUUGACUAACGUUCUACUGGAAGAGAUGAGAGAGAGUUCAUAGCAGUGUUUCGAACAUACUGCCCCUGUGUUCUAUUAAGUCAUGUGUCUGUACAACUACUGUGUUUUACAAUUCAUUGUUGUAUAGAUUUUUUUUGUAACACUGCUUGUAAAAAUGAAUUUGGGUAUCUAGAUAUGAAAUGACUAUCACACUGAUCGAACCUGUAAAUAAUAAGGGCAUGUGUGAGGGGGUAAUAAAAUGAAAUAAGUGUUA